GACUCGAAGCUCCGCUGGUCUCUAUAUGUCACGUGAGUGUUUCCGCUCUUCUGAUUGGCCGGUCCCGUUACUGUCAGAUAUCCAACAUGGCGGCUACCCUGGUGGAGCAUGUUGUCGCAGACGCUGGAGCGUUUUUAAAGCGAGCUCCUCUCCAGGACAUCGGCAGGAACAUCUACACACUGAAAGAUGUGGUGGGAGAGAUCAGAGACAAACCCACCAGGAGGAGUCUGGCCUUCCUGCCGUACCAGCUCAAAUUUGUAGAACCACGUCCUGAACACAUCAGACUGGUGACAGAGUUCUCCAAGAAGACGGGAGAUUACCCGAGUCUUUCGGCCACUGACAUUAAAGUCCUGGCUCUGACCUACCAGCUGGAGCUCGAGCACGUCGGCUCACAACACCUGAAGAAAGAGCCGGAGGUCAAGGUUCAUGUUCAGAGCACACAGCGACACCCAGAGACUCCGGUCAAUGUCGCAGGAUUCCACUUCCCCUCCAAGAAGCCUGUGGACACUUCGAACGUCCGACAAAUUCAGACCGUGACGGAGACGUCAGAACCUGCCGACGCUAACAAGUUCAACAGCUUCCACUUCUGGAGAGAGCCGCUGCCGUCCAUCGACAGCGACCUGCUGGAUUUACUGGAUCCAGUGGAGGUUCUGAAUUCGAAGAACAAACAGAAACAGACGGACACACAGACGACUGCCGACAGUGACGAGUUUAACAGCUUCCACUUCUGGAGAGAGCCGCCGCCGCCCAUCGACGACAGCCUGCUGGAUUUACUGAAAGUCGACGGCAUCUCAUUAUCAGAGAGCAGGUCAGACACAUCGCUGCAGACAGACAAGCCAGAGGACCAAUCAGACGACGAGGACAAAGAGAACGAGCCCGGAGACGAUGAAGAGGAGGAGGAUGACGACGACGGAGGUGGUUGGAUCACUCCCAGUAACAUCAAACAGGUGAAGAUGGACUCAGCUGAUUGGACGGCUCCUGCUGAUGUUAAAGUUGGAUGUCUGACGACCGACUUCGCCAUGCAGAACGUUCUGAUUCAGAUCGGACUUCAUGUUCUGUCUGUGAACGGGAUGGUGAUCAAACAGGCGAGGAACUACAUCCUGAGAUGUCACGCCUGCUUCAAGACAACGAGCAACAUGAACAAAGUGUUCUGUUCUCACUGCGGGAACAAAACUCUGAAGAAACUGGCCGUGACUGUCAGCGAGGACGGCAGCGUGCAGAUGCACUUCUCUAAAAACCCCAAAGUGCUGAACCCGAAAGGGCUGAGGCACACGCUGCCGCUGCCUCAGGGAGGGAAACACGCCCAGAACCCCCACCUGGUGGAGGACCAGCGUUUCCCCCAGCAGAGACUCUCUCGUAAAGCUCGCCAGAAGACCGACGUGUUCAACCCCGACUACGUGGCCGGCGCGUCACCGUUCUGUGAGAACGAUAUCUACAGUCGAGCCGCCAACCUCCAGAUCAGAGACGGUCAGUGUGGUGGCGGCCGCAGACGAGCCAACCCCAACGCCUCCCACAAGAAGUUUGUGAAGAACAAGUGAAGAGCAGACAGAAGUUUGGACUCCUGAGAACUCGACAUCAGACCGACUUACUGAAUUAAAGGAGCGUUCAGUGGUUAAGCUUGUUUAAGUCUUCUGACUGCAGGUUAAUGUGCAGAAACAGCUGCAGCUCCUUUAAAUACUCAACCAGCAUCUUCCCUCUCUUCAUGUUGACCCUGAUUAUGUAUCUUUAUUUACCCAAAUAAAUUUUAAAACCCACUUCA